GACCUUUCGAAAAGUACCGUGCCUGAGCUUGCGCGAAUUACUAUAGAACCCCAGAUUAGGGGAGGGUUUCAGAGUAUGUCAUACUAAGCCUAGACCAACCAACUUCUGGCCUAUAAAGUAAUGUAUGUCAGUCGAAAAUGGCUGAUGUUUAGCAUACAGUGCGUCUCUGUAUCUAAAAGUCUACCUUUGGUUGAAAGUUAGGGCCGCGAAACGACACACCGCCAACUCAUCAAUAUCACUAUGCGUCUUCCAAGCAUCCUCGUCAUCAUCGGUAUUACCACCGGUGUAGUCAUUGCCGAUGGCGUUUGCGAAGAGCCAGGUUGGCUCCAAUACAUGGGGGUUUUAGGCCACUAUGACCCCGAAAUUGAUUCCCCCGCCACCAUGUCCGAAUAUAUCGACGCCCGCCGCGAUUAUUACAAUUGGUUGAAAGAGAAAAAAAACGUAACUUGUCCGACUGAAAUCAAAUACAAGCCCGAAGAAAAUACAGGUGGUAACGCUCGAACAAAUAAGCGCUACCCCAUUCCAGAGGGCGAUCUACCAAACGGCAUGAAGGGGGGUUAUGUCGAAUGCCGGGAAGACGAAGGUGUGCUCCAAGAACCGGAUAUAGACAAUGUCCAAAAAUAUCAGCUUAAGGAUUGCCACGGAAGAAGGGCAUGGGGCCCGCGAAAGGACUUCCCAAGCGGCGCGGCCACUGCAUUUCAAUGUGAUAGUGGACAUGGGCAGACGUGCCACCCUCUAUUCCUCGCAGCAAUGUUCACCGAAAUCAACAAAUACUGUGGGAAUAAACCCGGCUUUUUUCGAGUACCAGACUGGAAGGUUAUAUAUGGUCGGCAACAAGGAAAAGGUAAAUUGGCCUGUGCGUAAUGUAGAAGACCUGAUAUAUGCUGAGUUUAUACAAAUACUGAUUGUAUUAUCGUCCAAACUAACGAUAGUACAAGGACUCACUUUGCAUUCAUCUUCUUAGACACCCUAUAAUCACUAUCGG